AGAAGUACCAGGAAUGUGAUAUCCAGUAAAGAAUAGUGAACAGAGCCUUUAUGUGAGGUAGCAAGCGUCCUAAAUUAUGUUGUACAGAAAGUGUGUCCGGCUUUUGUCACAAAUUGGUCACAGCUGUGUUAAAUGUGGUAAAGUGAGGCAGUGUGCGGGUGUUAGAUUCACUUUUAACGGAGGGGAGGAAAGAGGACACGAGGAGAAAGGAAACAACUAUAAUAGGGGGUACAGUAGAGCUGGAUUACUAGGAGGGGGAGCUGUAGGGGCAGUUGUGGCAAGCUCCUCCAGUGACGAUGACGAGGAGGAGGUGGACAUUGAUCACGAUGCGAAAAAGGCGGAAGCCACGAGGUAUCGCAGAACAAGAAUGUUCCGACACUUCUGCUCAUUUUCCUCUUUCAAAUAUAAAACCGAGCUUUUCAUGACAGGCGAAGACUUUCUUAAAGCAAUUCUUUUCAAAGACCAGAAGAUGUGCGCUCGAAGAUACACGGAUCUGGAUACCUUGACAGACGAGGAGUUCCAGACCAUUCUGAACGCAGCCCCUUCACAUGACCUCGAAAAGACGGGUCUUUUCCGGCUUCUAGGCAAGAAUGCUGUCAUCAGUUAUCCUGAGUACCUCUUCCUAGUUUCCAUACUCAGUAAGCCUCGCGACCACUUCCUAAAGACGUUCCAGAUGAUAGAUGUGGAUGGUAACUGGGUCCUAACCAGAGAAGAGUUCGAACUAGUCGAGAAGUUAUUCUCCAAGGGUGUUGUAGACGAUAAUAUCGAGAAUACUACCUUAAAGGUCCACUUUUUCAACAUGGAUGGCUCUGGAGUGAUGACUUUUAGUGAUUUUGUGCACUUCUUGGACGGUCUCCAAAAAGAAUGUUUAGAACUUGAGUUUAGUGAGCACGCUAAAGGUGGACAGAUUCUAGAGACUGAUUUCACCGAACUUCUCCUUUCUAGGACACUUCUUAGUGAGCUGGAGAAAGACAAGUACAGGCGCAGAAUAUCAAACCGAGUAGAGGAUGAUGGAGGCAUAUCUUUCUAUCAGUACUCCCAGUUCAUGAACCUUCUCAAUGACAUCCAUGACCUUGAAAUAGCACUGAGAAUGUUCCAGAUAGCAAAGAAGCCGGUUACACCUGAAGAAUUCCAGAGAGCAGUGAAAGUCUGCACAGGAACGCCUUUAGAUGAGAAAAUGGUAAAACUAACUUUUAAGAUAUUUGACGAGGAUGGAGAUGGACAUUUGGGUCACGACGAGUUUAUGAAGGUAAUGAAAGACCGCAUACGAAGCCGGGGCACAGUGGACGUGCAGAUACCGCCCAAAUCUUGGAUGGCUUUCAGGAAAUGUGUCCACGAACGCAUGAUGAUGACUUCAAUAACUCAUUUAUAUUUAAACAACGUCUUGAAAUACAUAACAGUCACCGCAUUGCUUACAGUUCUAAGCAAGAACAGUAAAGAGGAAAGUCAGACUUUAAGGAUAUUGGAAGAAAGUGAGAUCGAAGAGUUACUGGAGUCAACGCCCACACAUUUGACAGAGGGGCAAGGAUUUCUCAAACAGUUAGGAGUCAGAGCUAUUAUCAGUUAUUCGGAUUAUGUAUUUCUUGUUUCUCUAUUAAACACCAAUAAGGAGAAUAUCUUUAAAAUGUUCCAGUUGAUUGACACGAAUCAGAACUUGAUGUUGGACGAAAAAGAGUUUGAAAUAUUGGAAAAUGGUCUGACUGGAGGAUGUACAAAUAGCAGUUCAGAUAAAACAACAAUGAAAUUACACUUCUUCAAAGAAGACAGCUCCGGAGCUAUCUCCUUUGAGGAUCUCUCGAACUUUAUAGAGGGACUCAAAAAUGAAUGCUUGGAAGCUGAAUUUAGUAAUUAUUCAGAUGGAAACGAUUAUAAUUGUAUAACCGAAUUAGAGUUUACUGAACUACUGCUUUCGAGGACAUCGCUUGGCAGGCAAGCAAAGAAUGAAUACGUGAUCAGAGUUUCAAAGGAAAGUGGUUAUGAUGAAUCCAAAAGCGAUAAGAUGAGCUCAACUGGCAAUAAUGAUGUAUCAUUCGAUCAGUAUUCCCAGUUCGUGAAUCUGUUUGAUAAUAUUCAUGAUUUAGAGAUUGCAUUGAGAAUGUUCCAAAUAGCUAAAAAACCAGUAACACAAGAAGAAUUCCAGAGAGCAGUGUCCGUUUGUACUGGAGCCCGUUUAGACGACAAGAUGGUUAAAUUGACCUUCAAAAUAUUUGAUGAGGAUGGAGAUGGACAACUGAGUCACGAAGAAUUUAUUAAAGUACUGAAGGACAGAAGAAGACAGGGAACUGUAGACGUACAUGCAACCAACGAUACUUGGAAAAAUUUCAUGAGAUGCGUUCAUCAAAGAGCAAAGAGUUCGAAAUGAAUAAUUACAAUAAUCUGAACGGUAGUUAACUGAUCUAAAUUAUCUAAAUAAAGGUUUAUGUGCGAGGCUUCUUAUCUGCUUUUAGUUUUAUAAACAG